CCGUCACGCAACUUAGAAAAAGAUAUCGUUAGCGAAGUCAGCGGUUUUCUGCGGCGUCUACUUGUGUCCAUUUUGCAGUGUAACCGCCCGGAGCCGAGCAUACAGGAAAUGCAGAAUGUGUCGACCAAAGGGCUGGCCGCCAUCAUCGACAUGACCCGCGUGAACUCCGACGUCGAUCGUUUGUAUUGCGCUGGGGAAGGGCCAGCCAGCCAGUCAGCAGUUACUUCUCAACUCACGCAACGCCACUAUGAACCUGACCAAUUUACACUUUCUCGCGAGCCUAGUAUGGGCGAAGAAAAGUUGGGUUUCAAAGAGUCUCUUGUUUCACAAUUGUUUAGCCCACUUCCACUUCGAGUGAAGGUGUUUAGUGAACAGAUGCGAAGGUCAAUUCCACCAGAAGACGACGACGCUUCCCUCUUGACCAGCUGUCGAUUAGCGUUACUGAAACACUCUUUUUGA